AUGCACGAGCAGCGUGCGACAUGGGAGGGCUACGUUUUCAACAAGACGAAUGUCGACGCGGGCCGCAUCCACAGCUAUCUGGACGACCUUUUCACCAAGACUCCUCUGACGCAACAAGCGCUCAAAAAGCUGUGCGAGAGUGUUAGUCGCUUUGGAAGGGACCUCUCCGGACGGAAGAAGUGGUUCACCAUGGAUGUACUCAAGACGGUUACUCAGGCGUUGUUGAAAUCGGAUCUUCUCACCAAGGACAAGACGAUCAUUCUGAAGGAGUUCAUGCGCAAUCCGGCAGUCACUCAAGAGGUCGUCGACGUGCUCAACAUGCGUCUUGCGGCUCUGGACAGCUGGGAUUGGCCCGCAGGCGAGGCUAUCCCCUUGGAAAUGCGUCGACAGCUCAACGGCAAAUACCGUGUGUACAUGGACGAAGACCUGCUUGACAGUAUUAUGUUCCAAUUCCUUGGGCUUGAGUGGUCGGUGAAGUUCCGCGAAGUGUUCAAUACCUUUCGCGACAGUCAGGCUUGGUAUACAUUGCGUGGGCAUAUCUCCGAGUCCGAGAAGAACCGUCGCCGGUAUUAUUCUAUUGACCAAGGAUCGAGAGUCUAUAGCACCAACAGUGUCAACGACCAUCGACAAAAGAUAUACAAAAACCAGUAUUUCAUGACUCAACUUCCCACUUCAAUGGAUUCAAGUGUUCCGGACUACGACGGUGAAGAGAGUGUUGACUCAGCUUUGGGAGGAACGCAGAACGAAAAGCAAAAGAAUCCCCUAGAGACCAAGCACUCUCUACUUCACCUUCUGGUAACCGAAUCGAUUAUCCAAUCGACCCUUCAUGGCCAGUUCACAGCCAUCCGCUCCGACUUCAAGUACUUUGGACCGUCGCUUCCCCACGAGACUAUCCUGGCCGUCCUGUCUUACUUUGGGGUUCCCGACAACUGGAUUCGCUUCUUCAAGGUCUUCCUCGAGAUGCCAAUGAAGUUUGUCCAAGAUGGACCCAACGCCACGACCAGAGUCCGACAGCGCGGUGUCCCUAUGAGCCAUGCACUUUCGGAUUGCUUCGGGGAGGUUGUCUUGUUCUGCAUGGAUUAUACCGUCAACAAACAUACUAAUGGGGCUUUCUUGUAUCGUCUACAUGAUGACUUUUGGUUCUGGGGAAAUGAGGCUACCUGCGUCAAAGCUUGGAAGGCGAUGUCGGACUUUGCCAACAUGGUGGGCCUGGAAUUUAACGAGGAGAAGACAGGUACGGUACAAAUCACGAACGGCAACAGUCAAGCACCGCCAGGAACUUUCAGCAAAGAACAGGAGUCUACUGACGCUGCUACCGUUUUGCCCGCCGGCGACAUUCGCUGGGGCUUCCUCAAACUCGAUGCGCAACAAGGCCGCUUCAUUAUCGACCAGGAGCAAGUGGACAACCAUAUUGCAGAGUUGAAGCACCAGCUCUCGUCCUGCAAGAGUAUCUUUGCCUGGGUACAGGCGUGGAACAGUUACUUUGCGCGCUUCUUCCCCAACAAUUUUGCCAAACCCGCCGUAUGUUUUGGGCGAGACCAUAUCGACAUGGCUAUCUCAACCCUCGGCCGCAUCGAGCGCGCAGUCGUCCAAUCCUUCACAGGCUUGCCUAGCGGCGUAACGGAUUACCUUCGCAAAGUGAUCGCAGACCGGUUCGGCGUCCACGAUCUCCCGGAGGGAUUCUUCUACUUCCCGGUUGAACUCGGGGGCUUGGAACUCGCCAAUCCGUACAUUCCACUUCUAGCCAUGCGCGAGGAUAUCAAGCAAACGCCCCAGGGCUGUCUCCAAAGAGUCUUUAUCGAAGACGAAGCGAGAUACAACGCGGCUAAGAAGAGGUUCGAGGAAUCCGGCCCUAACACCUCUGUUGUCGGCGACAUCUACAACGACAGUGACGACGAGGAGGCGAGACCCCGAUCAUCCUCAUCGACCAACUUCCCCUCUCUAGACGAAUACAGACGCCACCCUGAGACCUACAGCGUUCCUCUCCUCAAUGCGUAUCAAGACCUCACCCGCAUCCCCGAGGAAGUUAGCAUCAAGCAGUCUCCGAACUUCCGAGGCACGCAGUCUUCUCUGCAGCAGAAACUGGUGGACGAUGGCAAUGUGAAGAUAUCUGGAGAGUGGGAUGACAUGUCGGCGUACUGGCGCUGGACGGCAGAGUUGUAUCACCGUGAGAUGGUGGCGAAAUAUGGUGGAUUGGCGGCAGUGAACAGGGAAUUCAUGCCAUUGGGUGUUGUCAAGACGUUGAAGGAGGGACGCAUGAGGUGGGAGAAUUAG